UUUAGUGGAAUUGAUGGUUGCCGGGAAAUCGAUGAUCCAUACUGCUACCCCGGUCCGGAACUGACGGAUAUUGAGCGUCUUGGCUAGGCUAGAUGCAUUGCAGAUAGACGGAGAGGAAAACAAGCAUCAUACGCAGCUAAAGCUCAUCGACAUCUAGUUUAUAGAUAAAAACACACCUUUCUCGACCACACCACCACUGCAACCAUGAGCUCUCCAAACAAACCGUUAUCGAUAGGUGUUUGAUCAGCUAUAGGAGGGUCCGGGCGUUGGUAGAGUGACAUAACCUUAUCAGUCUGCACUCAGGUUGUACUCCUAGAGGGUUCAGUCCCAUCUGGCUCAGCAGUAAAUCAAAAGAUAAUCACGGCAAACCGCAAGUGCAUCCGUGAGCCUUAGAGGCUACCAACGACUGCCACCCCGUCCCUCAACGGUCGCCAAACGAAGCGGGACCAAGUGUGGGACUUCGGUCAACCCGACCGGUCUCCGAUUGCGCGCGCAAUGUCGGAAGGAUUCGCCGCUGGUUUGCAGCAGGACGACCUUCUUCAGCAGCAACAGCAGCAGCAGCAGGGCGGCGAGUGGUCCUCGUACACCAUCAUGGACUCGUCCCGGGUGUCCACGUGUCUCAUCUCGAUGCUCCUGAUCGUGUACGGUAGCUUCCGGAGUCUCAACAUGGAACAGGAACAGCGCGAGAAGGAGAAAAAGCGCCAAAGCGAAAGCAUGAACAACCUGAUCACCGGCGAACCGGUACAGCAGGAGCAAAAUAAAUUCGCAACGUUGGACACGAUGCACGCGCUCUGCCUUCCAUUGGGAGCCUCCAUAUCAUUGCUGGUGAUGUUCUUCUUCUUCGAUUCCAUGCAAAUGCUUUUCGCCGUCUGUACAGCAAUCAUUGCCACCGUAGCGUUGGCGUUCCUCCUGCUCCCCAUGUGUCAGUACAUCAUUCGGCCCUGCUCGGACGGUAAUCGGAUAUCGUUCGGCGUGUGUGGUCGUUUCACGGCCGCCGAGCUGUUCAGCUUUUCGUUGGCCGUCUCGAUCGUUUGCAUUUGGGUCCUGACCGGCCACUGGCUGCUGAUGGACGCCAUGGGGAUGGGACUGUGUGUUGCAUUUAUAGCAUUCGUACGCUUACCAAGUCUGAAGGUGUCCACCCUGUUACUCACCGGCCUGCUCAUCUACGACGUGUUCUGGGUGUUCUUCUCGUCGUACAUCUUCAGCACCAACGUCAUGGUGAAGGUGGCCACCCGACCGGCAGACAAUCCCGUGGGAAUAGUCGCCCGCAAGCUGAACCUCGGCGGCAUCGUGAAGGAACCUCCGAAGCUGAAUCUACCGGGGAAGCUGGUUUUUCCCAGCAUUCACAACAGCGGUCACUUCUCGAUGCUCGGCCUGGGCGAUAUCGUUAUGCCGGGGCUGCUGCUGUGCUUCGUGCUCCGUUACGAUGCGUACAAGAAGUCCCAGUGUACGCAGACGGCGGAAGCCGGCGUUCCGCCUCCGAGGGGAGUCGGUUCGAAGCUUACUUAUUUCCAUUGUUCCUUAUUAGGUUACUUUCUCGGUUUAUUAACCGCCACCGUUAGCUCGGAAGUAUUCAAGGCAGCACAGCCCGCUUUGCUGUAUCUAGUUCCGUUCACAUUGCUACCUCUGCUGACGAUGGCGUAUUUGAAGGGUGAUUUGAGGCGGAUGUGGAGCGAACCGUUCAUCAUACAGCAAGCAUCCAAGCAGUUAGAAGUUUAAGCUGUAGUUAUCAUUUACAUUUCCUGAUUGGAUACAACAAAAACACACACAUAGAGAGAUACAUACAAUAGUAUUAAGGCCACGUUGAGUAGAAAAAGAAAACUGAAAGGAGAAAAAGCAUUACAAAACCUAGAGACAAGCAAGACAAGGAUUUUAGCAGUUAAGUAUACAUAUAAGAGCAGCAUAAGAAAAAACAACACAUUUUUCUGAUAUGAAUGUAUUUAGUGAAUCAAGACAGUGAAUCAUGUGCGGAUGAAAAUGCACACAUGUGUUCAAAAGUUCACACACACACCCACUAACACAAAACCUAUGUUGCAUUCGUGAAAUCGCGCAGAAGUAUGAAAAUGAACAAAUUAUCUAAUACUAUUCAUUCAAGUGGAUAUAGGACUCAUAUGCGAAUCAAAAGCAUAGUACAGCUAUAGUGUGUAGAAGCCGACGACAGUACAUAUAGGAAACAGGUUUAUCAUCCACAGUUACACCGUAAUUCAUCUUCCGUUCAUUAUUCAUCCAUCAUCCGCGAGAGUAGUGCGUACCCGCGCGAUUAGUUCGAAAUUCAUCAGUAAGCAAACCGCCAAUCAAUGUCAUCCUAGUUUUAGUAUCGCUUCUAGUUUCGCUAUUCCUUUAUUUGAAAAUAGCUACGUCCUCAUUAUGCCCAAAUGAAUGUUUUCGAAUGCCGACAAGAAAAUAGAAACAAUGAAAAAAUGCUCUUAUAUCAUGUACGCUUGUGUAAACUGGAAUCAAUCAGUGGAUGCAACGCCCAGUUGAGUCAAAUUAUUAGUGAGCUUAGACUUUGUGUGAGAACAAUUACGAUUCAAGAAGUCCACGCGUUAUCAAAUAAAUAUUUUUGGGCAAUAAAAAAUUGAAACGGAAGUGACCGCAAAUUGCGAACAACUCAAAUCAUCGUCACUCGUGAAGCUUAUAUUUCACGCGAGCAUUAUCUGUGUUACAAUCUCAUUAUAAAAGAAAAAAAGAAAAAUGACAAAAUUUAGCGCAAUUCCAAUUGAAGCAAAAAACGAAAUUAACCCCCGCCCCUCCCCUUUUUGGAGCUGACAGUUCACAAACACACUCACUCACAGGAGACGCGUACAUGCGCGUAAUGAUGAUAAAACAAAGGAUAAAUAAAAAUGUGAUAAUUUUGUAUAAUUUCUAUCCUUUGCACUCUCUGUGUAUGCCUAUCUCGAAUGUAUACCUUAUGAUUUUUUUAAACAUGAAGAAGUCUGUUUAAAUUAGCGAAAUAAAAUCGUUUUUGAACAUUAAA